CAUGAAAGUGCGUCGGUAUUAAAAGAUUGCAUAUACUCGCAAUACAUACUUUCACAGGAAGUGUCUGCUGGGUCGCUGAGAACGCCAAACGCUGCAACUUCGGAAGGUGCUUUGUGCCUUCUUGAGUUUUGUCAAGUUCUACUUGCAAUUUCUAUUACAGUAUAAGACUCUUCUUCUAUUGCUUUUUGCAAAGGACGUGAGAAGCUCUUCGUUGAAGAUGCAGCAGCCCACUUCUUCUACGGAUGCUCGUGCGCAUUAUCAAGGGCGUGAGAUCCAGCUACAUGGACAGCCUAAUGCUGGGUUUGCGGGCCAGUCGAGCUACAAGCAGGAUUUCCCGGGGCACAUUCCGGAGCCCCGGCAGCCCUUCGCCCCAAACCAGCAGUAUGCUGGAAGUGGAGCCGCUUUCGAUGGGCACAGCAGUUACAAACAGGACUUUCCGGCGCAUCCUAUUGAGCCGCGUCCGCCCGCACCAGGUGGCCAGUACCAGCCCAACACGGCGCCCUUCGACGGCACCAGCGCCUACCGCGACAACUACCGUGGCCACAACAUCGACCCCUCCCAGUACGCGCGCCACACGGGCCGCCCCACUGGCCCCCUGAGCACCGCACCCUUUGACGGCGCCUCCUCAUACAAGCAGGACUACCCGCAGCACGCCCUGCAGCCGCGUCAGGCGCACGGCGGCCCAGCCUACCAGCCCAACACCGCGCCCUUCGACGGCACCAGCCACUACAAGUCCCAGUACGUGCCGCACCAGGUGGAGCCGCGGCAGCACGCCGGCCCCGUGCACGCGCCGCACAGCUCCGUGCCCUUCGACGGCACCACCACCCACAAGUCGGACUUCCCGGCUCACCCCAUCGAGCCGCGCCCUCCCGCCCCCGGGGGCCAGUACACGCCCAACACGGCGCCCUUCGCCGGCUCUAGCGAGUCCCGCGACGCCUACCAGCCCUGGCCCAUCGACCCCUCCACCAUGCAGCGGCACGGGGGCCCUCCGCCCAUGCGGCCGUCGGCGCCCUUUGACGGCGCCUCCACCUACAAGCAGGUAGAGGGGGGCAGUGGAGGGGGGGGCAAUGGAGGGGCGGGGUAGGGCCGGACGUGGAGGGGGGCAGGGCGGGGCGGUUGGCGUACUCCCGUGGUGUGCAGCGUAUUCCCAGACCCCAGCAUUCAACAAGUGGCUGGUCGAACGCAGGAGUUACUGUACCGACGCGUCGCUGGCUUGUUGGCAGGCUGAUAGUUUGCUGACGCGCGUUCCUCACGCUCCGGGCGCCCGGCCAGGCGAUAGCACGAGACACACAUACACCGCAAUGCCACACUCAUGAAGCAGAGCAGCAUCGCACCUGCAGGCAGGUGUCAUGAUCUGGCGGGUGACCGGACCGGGCACGGUUCGUGUCGGUCAGGCUGCCUUAGGCUUGCGUGUGUGUGUGAGUCGUGGGUUGAGGCCAGCUAAUUUGGGGCUGUUGCGGACGUCAUUAGAUGACUUGCCGUCAGUGUCUGGAGGUGUAGCGAGCUGACAGCGUCAGCUAGUUUGGCAUGGAGCGUACCCGGAUGGGGCGAGUUGCGCUCCCGCGUGCCCCAGUUGAGCGUCGUCGCCAGCUUGGAACGGUCUUACUCGUUCCGAGCUCUCUGGUACCGUAUCGCUUGCCAGUUAGCGAUUUCACAAACGAGACAAGCACAAAGCGUUGUCAUUAUUGUCUGUAACACACCGAGGUUACCACUGGCGACCACUGGCGAACAGUGUCCACGGAUCAGGGCUUGCAUCUUCCAGGGGUAGGGCGUCAGGCCGCCGCCGCUGGCGAGAAGGGCCCUAACCACGUUCUCGCCCACGGCAUCCAGGGGCCCCAAAAUACCUAGUUUUUAGCGUUUGGGGGGGCUCCGCCCCAAACCUCCCCGGAAAGAGGUAGUAGGCGAGAUUCGGGGGCUAUAUGCAGCCCCACGCGGCGGUUAUGCACCCCGGGAACGGCCCAAUCGUUCUCGCCUGAGGGCCUACAAUGGGGGCAGUUUCUUGCCACUCCCCGAAGAUGCAA